AUGAGGAAGGUUUGUAAGGACUAUAUCACGGAGAAGUACUGGGAUAAACUCUACGUGCCGAGCAUCCCAAUAGUGAUGAGAAGGAAGGUUUACGAAGCAGUGGCUCCGCCGCACUCAUUUAUCGCAAUGGAUGACUACUCUUCUCCAAAGGAAAUGGCUGAGCAUUUGAUUCAGUUAGAGUCGGAUAG